CAACCCAAUCAUUUUUUUUCACAUAUUUGUUUAUUUUUCUUGCUCUUGAUAUUAAAACAGGAAAAGAGAAUAAUACGAUUAAAAUUAUAUUAUUUUUUCUAUCAAAAUUCUAUUACAAAUUCAACGUAUUCGAAAAGCGUGCUGAGAAAAUUGCACUUGUUGACUUUUCGAGUGAGGCAAUCCCACAUUCCAGGGCACACAAGUACAGAAACUCAACUCUACACUGAGGGAAAUAUUCGUGGUGUAUUCGAUUGGUAGUAUUCCAGCAGAUAACUGCUUCAUGUGCUUGUUUUUCUGGCAACUGGCGCAUCUAAAUAAAUGGCCAUUGUUGUGGGUGUGUGAAUGACGCAUCGUCAGCUGUUCAGAAAGAACUAAGUACGACGUCCGCGAAGGCCAGAGCUUUAAACACUUUCAAUUGCAUUUCCAGUUCGAUAAAAAGAAAAAAAAAAUUUUCAUUUGUGGAUUACUCACCCACAUACUCCAGCCAGCGAUCUAUCAUACAGUCGACUCAGCCGAGGGAGUGAGAGCCAGUAACCGUCCGUAGAAACCGAAGAAGGAAACGCCAACGCAUCUGUUGCCAUCUCAGAGGAGGAUCCGCAUCCGAUCUAAUCCGAUCCGAACAUGGCAACCUCACCACGCACCGGCGGUGCCAGUGGCGCCGGCACAGCGCAGCGACCAAAUGGCACCUCCCAGAAUAAAAGUUGCCAAUUCAAGCUGGUGCUGUUGGGCGAGUCGGCUGUUGGGAAAUCCUCCCUUGUCCUGCGAUUUGUCAAGGGACAGUUUCACGAGUACCAGGAGAGCACGAUAGGUGCUGCCUUCCUCACACAGACCAUUUGCAUAGAAGACACCGUUGUCAAGUUCGAGAUCUGGGAUACGGCCGGACAGGAGCGAUACCAUAGCUUAGCUCCUAUGUACUACCGAGGAGCGCAGGCCGCCAUCGUCGUCUAUGAUAUUCAGAAUCAGGACAGUUUUCAAAGGGCGAAGACUUGGGUCAAGGAACUGCAUAAACAAGCCUCACCAAAUAUUGUUAUUGCGUUGGCUGGCAACAAGGCGGAUCUGUCAAACAUUCGCGUCGUGGAGUUCGAUGAAGCGAAGCAAUACGCCGAGGAGAACGGCUUGCUGUUCAUGGAAACGUCUGCGAAGACGGGCAUGAACGUUAACGAUAUCUUCUUGGCCAUUGCCAAGAAACUACCUAAGAACGAUGGCGCCAACAAUCAGGGAACCAGCAUAAGGCCGAACGGGAACGAAACAAAUCGACCGACAAACAACUGCUGCAAGUGAUGUCCUUUUGUAGAAAAUGAAAUUUCCAACGAGAGAUUUGAAAAGUUUAUGCUGAUAAUUAUGAAUAAAAAAAUUAUUUAAAAAUUUAACUGAAAAAAAAAAAAAUAAGAACAGAGAAUACA